GGCGCGCGAACAGCCCACCAGCAGAGCCGGAGAUAACGCGCAGCGGCCGCGCAGGGGCUUCUGGGUGUAAGCAAGGAAGUAAAAUGGCGGACCUGGCGAACGAAGAGAAACCGGCUCUCGCCCCACCAGUGUUCGUGUUCCAGAAAGACAAAGCGCAGAAGAGAUCUGCGGACGGCUCGAGCGCGGAGGAUGGCGAAGACUCUGACAAAGAGGACUCUGGCUACUGCCCCCCAGUGAAGAGGGAGAGGACAUCGUCCUUAACCCAGUUCCCCCCCUCGCAUUCAGUCUCCAAGAACAACGUCUUCAUGCCAUCCAGCUUCUGUCAAUCGCCCACCGGGAACUCGGACUCUGAACCCGAGGAGAAGACCGCUGGUUUCCGGUUGAAGCCGCCGACGCUGAUUCACGGCCAGGCGCCGAGUGCUGGUGUCCCCAGCCAGAAGCCCAAGGCGCCCCCCCGCAGCGUGCUCCGGCCCGCCCUGCUCCAGCCACCCCCGCUGAAGAGCUUCACGGCGUCCGGUACAGAUUCCAGCAGCGGGACCAAUGGUCUCAGCAAUUCUUCAGACGCGAAAGCAGACGGAUGGGCUCCCUGUAACGACGCUGGGGACACGGAGCGCAUCGCCAUGGAGACGACAAAGCCUCCGGGCACCGCUGCAACGGAGGAUCGAGGGGACAAGCCAUCCAUAGAGUCCUCCUUCGUGUUUGGGCAAAACCUCAAAGAGAGGGUCAAGGUCGACGGGACCAGCCAGCCCCCAGCACUCGACGACCCCAAACAGCCUUCUCCAGCGUCAGACUCUCAGUCUGGGGCGACUAAUUACUUUCUGCAGUAUAUCAACACCCCCAGCUCCCAGGACUCUGUGGCUGAUUGCGACGGAGGGGCCAAGUUUGUCUUUGGGCAGAAUAUGUCUGAACGAGUCCUGAGUCUCCCUAAAGGCAGCGAUCUGGCGGCAGAGGAUGGCAAAGAGAUCCCCUCCGUGUCCGAGCCCCCCACGCAGGAGGCCGCUUCCGAGAACGGCGGGGGUGCCGCGGGCAGCCUGGAGGCCUCGGCGGCGGCCUACACCAAGGCCACUGCCAAGAGGUGCCUGCUGGAGAAGGUGGAGGUCAUCACUGGCGAGGAGGCGGAGAGCAACGUCCUGCAGAUACAGUGCAAGCUGUUUGUGUUUGACAAGACCUCCCAGUCCUGGGUGGAGAGGGGGCGUGGCCUGCUGAGGCUGAACGACAUGGCGUCCGCCGACGAUGGGACGCUGCAGUCCAGACUGGUGAUGCGAACACAAGGGAGCCUGCGGCUGAUCCUCAACACCAAGCUGUGGCCCCAGAUGCAGGUAGACAAAGCCAGUGAGAAGAGCAUCCGCGUCACUGCUAUGGACACUGAGGACCAGGGAGUCAAAGUCUUCCUCAUAUCGGCGAGCUCGAAGGACACCGGGCAGCUGGCUGCCGCCCUGCACCACCGCAUCCUGGCUCUGCGCAGCCGGGCGGAGCAGGAGAGCGAGUCACGCCCCGAGGUCGCCGAGCCCCAGGUGCCCCAGUCCAACGAGGAGGACAGCGAGGAGGACGACGUGCUGAUUGCCCCCUCCUCCAGCACCACCCCUUCUGCUGGUACCUCGGAGGACGGCGAGGCCCAGGUGACGGGCACCACAUAGCCGUACCUUUGCCCCUCGGCCGGUCAAGGUGCUGCUGUACGGUACAUCGCAGGCACCUCUGCGGACGCCUCACCAGGCUGUUUCUGCAAGGCUACCUCCAGGAAGGACCCAUGCAGGUGUUUUUCACCCUAGUCUGUGCAGUUCUCCCCCUCUGCUUUCAAAGUAAACCUGCUUUUUUUUUUUUUCCUUGCAAAACUAUGAAGACCCCCCCCCCCCCCCUUCAUUUUGGUUCGGACUUGAAAGCUCAUCACAUUGAUGAGUACCGGGGGGGGGGGGAGGUCACUUCCUGUCCUGUUUAAAGGCAAAGGCACACCGUAAAGACUCUGCAGUUUUAAGUGUGGGACCGCUGUGCUGUCUUCUGGGACCUGGGCUUCCCAGAGGCGAGUAUCAUCUAGGACACAUGGGUCCAUCAUUCAGCUGUCCCAACACACGUCUCUUAUUCCACAGAACACGUUUGACCUCUCACUGGGCUACAAAUAUAUAUAUAAUAUGAUAAAACUGGAUUUUUGAAGAGACCUGGUCCAAUUCACACGUUCCAUUCUGGUUGGCUCUGAGUGCUAAGGGUGAGCCUGCUGUGAGCUUGUCCUCUUUCUGUGAGAUUUGUCAGUGGGCCGCCUCUCCGCAUAGUCGCUGCUUUUUAUUUAGUCUUUUUUUUUUUUUUUCUGAGCUCUAUUUCAAUACCUUUCUGGGGUCUUUACUGUCUAAACUUAUUUUUUAUAUCGACUUUAUAUCUGCUAGUUUCUGUCUUUGUUUUAUUAAUGAGCACAUUUAAAAAAACAUUGUGUACUAUGAUUCCCCCCCCCCAUGGCGUCAUUUAGAGAUGUCAUCAAUGUGACGUGAUUCUCCGGAAGGCCGCGUGCGUCUUCACGUGGACAGAAUCACCUUAUCUGCAAACGGGGCUGUGAGAUGGGAUCCUUCGUGCGUGUGCCCAGGUCUCCUUCACCUCCGCGGUCUGGUCAUUAACGGUACCCUUCAAACCCCCCUUUCCUUCAUUCUGGCGUGUGGCUGUUUGGAGAAGUAGCCAUGCUGACGUUUAAGCGUGCCGGCGUUUACGUGAAGGAGGCUCCGCAGGACCACAGGCCUUAGCCCAGCUUUGGAGGAGCUUCUCCGACGGAUCGGACUAUCGAACAGUGACUGAUGAUGUCAUCUUCACCCGCCCCCCCAAAACACAAGGCUGAAAGCUGUUCUCGUGUGUGUGUGUGUGUGUGUGUGUGUGUGUGUGAGUGUGUGUGUGUGUGUGUGUGUGUUUUUUUAUUUUAUUUUAUUCCAAAUAGGGUAUUUCUAUAAGGAUUUUUUUUCCCCCCCAUCAGUCCAAAACUGCUACCUUUGAACCUGUCAUUAUUUUGACUCCACGUAUUAGUCUGGAAUUAUAGUUGCGUGCUUUGAACACCAGGUGGUGCUAUGCAAGCAGGAAAGUGAGCCCAUUCUGACCAAUAAGCGGUGGUGACCAGAUUUUUCAAAACUCGAAUGUAUAGGAAAAUGGAUCAAAAAGGCAUAACAUCACUGCUUAAUUCUGUUCUGAACCUUUAACUGUGGGGUAAGUGUUCUCUGCAUUAAUGUAAAAUAAACUGUGUUCCUUACCUAGUAAGUGCUGCCGGUUUGGAUUGCCUUUUACCAAGGGGGGACUGCCACUCUCACUCCAGCCUGUAAGAGUGUCUCUUCCAGUUCCAUAACUGUGUCGCAUGAUGGUGUAUUCAGGACCAUUUUAUAAAAAACACCAAGUAACACAGCAGGCUUCCUGGAUGGUAUGGGGUGGUGGGGGCCAGUGGGGGACCCGUUUGGUCCUUUGCCCGGUUCUGCUCUGUCAUUGUCAUUCCUUCACUUCUUUGUCACCUGUAAGGGGGGGGAGAUAAUGCCAAUAAAAAUGUUUGGUAUGUUUAA